AUGCGAUCGUCGAUUAAAUUUAUUUUUGUUUUGUUUUUUUGUUUGUCAUUCGGAACGUAUUCGCUGAAAAUCAUUGAGACGAGCUUCGGUAAAUUGCGUGGAAUCACUGAUUAUUCAGAUCAAAACAAUCGCAAACAUAUUUUCAAGAGUGUUCCGUUUGCUCAACCGCCAGUCGGAAAACUUCGAUUCGAAAUACCUCAGAGUCCGAAGAAGUGGAAAGGUGUACGUGAUGCUUCAAAGUAUAGUCCAGCAUGUGCAAUUGAUGGCACGAUUACCUCUUAUCACCCCGAAAAAAUAAGUGAAGAUUGCCUCUAUUUGAACAUUUUCACCAGCGAAAAAUGUUUAAAUCAAUCAUGUCCGGUUAUCGUUUAUUUCCACGGCGGCGCAUUUUCGAGCGAUUCGGCUGUGAUGUUUCCGGACGAAUUCAUUCUUGAGAGAUAUGUUGGACAAGGCGUCGUGUUCGUGAUACCUGCAAUGAGAUUGGGAGUUUUCGGAUUAUUCAAUUUGGACAAUGAAUCGGAAACGCCGAAAAAUCUGCUUGUUCAUGAUUGUGUGUCCGCUUUGAAAUAUGUUCACAGUGAAAUUCGCAAUUUUGGCGGAGAUCCCAAAAAAGUCACCAUUAUGGGUCAUUCUUCCGGUGCAAUUUUGACUCAAGAAUUAGGAUUAUCAAUGAAAAUUGAUCCUGAAAUGAAGCUAUUCCAACAAGCAAUUUCGUUGAGCGGCUAUUUGGCACCGGCAGAAGAGCAGACGAUUAGCACAUAUUCUCUGGAAAUCACUGAUCGACUUGGGUGCUAUUCAAUUGGAUCAAGACUUUCGGUUAUAAAAGAAUGCAUGAAGCUGAUUAGUACGGAGGAUUUACUGAAAGCGCAAAAAGAUAUGCAAAGAGAAGGACGGAAAUUCAAUACAAUUUCGCUAGGAGAACCAUUUGCGGAUGAGACGAAAACUCGACGAGAAAAUUUGGAAAAAGUUCCGCCAAGAAGAAUAAUGAUCGGAUCAACGGAAUACGAAUUCGGAAGGUUUGACGCAAAGGAAUCGAUGGAUCAUUUCGCGGAUAUUGAGAAUCCUGAAGAAGUCACCCAAAAAUACAUCGAAGAUGUAAAAAAUAAUAAAACGCAAGCUGUUCAUUUAAGCAAUGUUCGAAUAUUUCUCUCUGCGAUAAUGUCAUCCACAGCCGUCACCAAUUCUGGAGGAGAAGCAUAUAUUUAUGAAACGAGACAAAAACCAUUUUCGGGUCACAUUUCGGACAUGAUAUAUUUUAUCGGAAUUCAUGGACGAAACAUGACGGAUGACGAGAAAUUGGUGGAUUCGGUAUUCACCAAGAUGCUUGUUAAUUUCACCAAAAUGGAAGCACCAUUAUCAAAUUUUGAACCAUUCGAUCCGUCUAGAUCAAACUUUUUGGCUCUUGAAUUCGACACAGAAAAUGGAAUAAAACCACAUAUGGAAGAUGAUUAUCACGAGGAAAUUGUCGAUUAUUGGUUCAUCAAUAUGACCCAAUUCGAUUUAGAAGUCUCAAGACAGAAGGGUCAAAAGAAGAAACUGACUACGAAGCCUACAAACUCUAUCACAACACAGACUACAACUUCCGACAGUGUGUCUGCUAAUCUUAGUUGGACGGAGACAACGAACACGAUCAUUAUCGAGGCAUCAACAAUUGGAAAAAUCAAAGAAUCAUCAGAGAGCAUCAUAUCGCAAUGGUGGUUUUAUCUUAUAAUUGUUCUUGUUAUUCUCAUUGUGAUUUGCUUAUUCUAUACUAUUAAGCAAUGCCGAAAAGACGAAGAACGUCGACCACUACUUCUCGAUUAA